CAUACCCAUAGACAUUAUAUUUUGUAAUGUUCGUUUGUAUUUACGUAAUUACUCGUUUUUCGCUGUCACAUUUUAUCAUCUGAAUGUGUGAUAACCACGGAGUGUGACCACAAAUCAUGAUUACGAAGUCCAUGGUGAUAAUUUUUCUGUCUCCGUUCAUUUUCAUUAUUAUUUAUUCUAAUAUUCUGCCAUGCACAGUCAUCUCAUUUACUCUCGCUAAAAUUUAAUUUACUCUUUCUAGUAAUUCUUUUUCCUUUCUCAUAAUACCUACUCUCUUAUGUCUGAGCAUCGUAGAUAUAAAAAUGCAAAAAUUUAUUCGUUAAAAGUGUGAACGAUUUUCAUUUUUCCGUCGGUGAACCAUAUAUCAUUAAUAAUUAUACACGUCAGUUUUUCGGAGCGGCACCAUGACUUCGAAUGCAGGCUAUCAUCAAAAAACCGAAGACGAUCCAAUGAAGCAAACUAUGUUGAUCAUCGAACACAAAAUAAGAAAUUUAGAGAAACGCAAGGUAUGUAUAAUAUGCCGAUAACCUAAUACCAAUAAUGUCUAUUAUAUCUCUUUCCGAUAAUGUUUAAUUACUAAAAAGAUCGUCUUACUUUGGGUUUAUUUAAUUAUUUUUACAAUUCAUUAUCUGCGAAGAUUAAGCCAGCUAACAAGGAAUGUACUUAAAAAAUAAAAUAAUUUUUUUUGUCUACGUAUCUACACCUAUAUAAAAUGUUAAUUACCUACAGUAUUUACAGUUUUUACUGUUUUUUUAUUAAUUUUUGAUUAUUUGUAUUGUUUUAUUAAAUUUAUGACAGGACACACAUUUAUAAUUUAUACCUAAUUGUUGGUUGGUAUUUAAAUACAUACAUUUAAUUUUUAGAAUAAUUGCACUAUUGAAAACUUGUCAACCCCAAUUAUUUAUAUAAAACUUAUAGGUACUUAAUAUGUCAAUUGUUAUAUAAGUUUAUUCAAAAAAAUGUAACUGAUAUCUACCUAUUGUAUAUUACACUAAAUUUCAAAAAAAUCAAACCAUUAAACUAAAUUGCUUUAUUUAGUAAAUAUAAUUUAAAAAUUAUUUUAAUACUCAGUUUGUAGUUUUAUUUUUAUUAUUUGAAGUGAUUUAACUAAUUUGUUGUGUUAUUUAGCUUAAGUUAGAAGGAUACUUUUCUCAACAAUUUCAUGGAGGAAUAAAAUUGAGUGAAGAUCAGUUAUUAGCUGCAUCUAAAUUGAAUGAAGUAACAAGUACUUUAGAUUUUGCAAGAAAUCUGAGAAAACAGCUAAAUUCUCUUUUAACAACAAAAAAAAAUAAUCAUACUCCCGUUGAAGAAAAACUUAAUACUAAAAUCAAAGAAGUUUUAAUUUACCAGGUAAAUUAUUUUGCUUAGUUUUAGUUUUGUAAUUAAUAAUUUGUUUUUAUUUUAAUUGUUUAAAUGUUUUAAUUUCUUUGAUAUUUUCGAUUUCACAAAAUCUAUGUUAAAAAAGUAGGAUACCAGGCAAUCUAUUUAAGUGGGUACACUUAUUAUCUCGAAAAGUAUUCAAUUUUUUCUAAAACAUUUAUGAAACCUGCAGCUCUACAAGUUUAUAUUUAUGCUAUUUUUUUGUCACUCUUAUUUUUGGGAGUAUAACCACCCACUACCUACUUUUGAUUUUUAAAUGGCAACAUGUACUAAAAAGUCCACAAAUAGACGGAGUAUUUGUUAAAAUAAAUUCUAGUGUUGAUAUUCUUGAUUUCUGUUAAUCCGUUGAUGGAAUUAUACUGUAUUAUAUUAUAUUAUAUUAAUUAGAGUUUUACACUUUUUUAGUAUAAUCUCAUUUUUUUUUUGAUUUACGGGUUUUUUCUUAGGGCGGUAGUACUCUCUUCCAACCCAAACUUAAAAGUGGAAUAUCUCAUCAAUGAAUUGACAGAAAUCAAAAAUGUCAACUCUAGAGUUUAUUAACUAAUACUCCAUCUAUUUACAGACUUUUUAAUAUAAGUUACCAUAUGAAAAUCAAAAGUAGGUAAUUUUACUCCCAAAAAUCAAGGUGACAAAAAAAAUAACAUAAAUAUAAAAUUUUAGAGUUACUUGUUUCUUAAAUGUUCUAGAAAACAAAUUCCAAAAAUAAUUAAUAUUUUUCGAGAUAAUGAUUAUACCCAUUUAAACGGAUCACUGGUACAUAGAGUUAUUUAAUUUAUAUCUGCAAGCAAUGAUGAACUAUUACAAACAAAAUACGAUUUUGAAUGAAGUUAUACAUGUUUUUAAAUGUCAUAAUAUUUAAAAUUUUAGUCAAAAUAUGAUCUUAUAAAACAAUUAGGUAGGUGUAUGAAAAAAAAAAAUAUCAUUACAUUACUUAACUUUUUUUUUAGAACUAAAUUAAACUUAUAAUGAUUCACAAAGUAAAUUUUCUAGCAUUUGUUUAAUAAAACCAUUUUAUCUACAAAAUAAAAACUAGAAUAUAAAAUGCCUAUAAAUAGCACUAAAAUCACCAAAAUAUUUUAAAUAUUUUACCAAUUCUAGAAAAGACUAAUAUAAGUGUUCUGUACAAAUUUCAGCUUUCUAUGAUAAUUUUUAAUCAAUUUACAACAAAAAUCAAAAAUAAUAAAACCACUGAUGCCUACAUUUUUUUGUAACUCUUAUGGUUUUUUAGUGGUUUUCCAAAUUAUUAUAUACAUUACAACUGUUUAGAGAAUCAAAAAAAUGAUUUAUGUAUUUUUUAACUAGAUUUAAAAUGCAAAGGCAUAAUAUAUACACAUUAGAGUGGACAUUAUGAAUGUUUAUAUUUAAUUUGUACAGGUAUGACAAUACCAUUGAAUCUAAUUUCAUGAAAAAAAAAUAUUCAGCUUGGCGAGCAGUGAUUUUAGAUAAAUAAUGUAAUUUAUAUGUAUUUUAUUUUUUUUUUUACACUUUAAAUCAUAGUCAACUUAAAAUGUCAUGAUGCUAAAUGAUCAGAAUUUAAUAAGGAACAAAUAUGGUCCUAUUUGUUGAUGAGAAAAAAAAUCAAAAUUAACAAAGUUAUUAGUCGUGAAAUGCAAAUAAUUACAUAAUGUUGGUAAAUCAUCUAGCUAGAACUAUCCUUGAAAAUUUUUUUUAUUUACAAAAAAAAUUACUACAUAAUCCUUAUUAAAUUUGUGAAAAAUUGCAUUAAACGGCAAUAAAAACCAUACAAAAAAAUGUGAAAUAUUUUUUUAAAAAAAAUACAAAUAUUUUAAAUUUUCCUACAAAAUAUAUUUAUUUUUUUUUAACAUUAUAAAAUAUAAUUUUUAUAAUAUUGUUAAAUAGUUUUUUUUUUAUUAAUAAUUUAAAAUAUAACUACAUAUAAUAUGAUAUAGAAGUACAAUGUACUAUUUAUUAUAAUAAUAUUUUUUAUUUUCAAAAUAAUAAAUAAAGUAAAUAAAUAUGUAUAAAAAAUGUAUCUAUAAAAAUAAAAUAAAUAAAUAAAUGAAUGAAUGUGUCCCCUGGAGUAUUAUGAUACAUUUUUAAUACACUUAUCAUAAUACUUCAGGGGACACAUUCAUUCAUUCAUUUAUUUAUUUUAUUUUUAGAUAUACAUUUUUUAUUUAUAUAUUAACUUUUGUAAAUUAUUAACCAUUUAAUAUAUUGACUUUCUUAUUUAAUUAAUAAGAAUAAAAAAUACUGUAUUCUUUUUCUAUUAUAUAUUUUUAUUUAUUAUUGUAUUUUUAUUUGAUAAGGUUUUUGAUAAAUUUAAUUGAGAUUAUAUUGUAAUUUUUUUGAUAAAUAAAACAAUUUUUCAGAGGUAAUUCUAGCUAUUGAUUUAUCAACAGUAUGUAAUGGCUAUUAAAUAGGGCUAGGGACUUAUAGGAGUUUGCAUGUUUUUUAAUUUUCAUUCAAAACAUAGCUAAGUAUUAUAGAAAUUUGUUUCAUAUUUUUACGAGCUUAAAGCAAUCAUUUUUAUUUUGCAUAUUUUGCAUAUUCAGCAAUUUUUUCCCUAUAAGAACAUAUUUUGUUAUAUUUUUAUUUUAAGUGCAUAUUUCACAUUUAUUUUAAAAAAAAUUUAAAACAAUAUUCGAGAGAGAUUUUAUGUAUAAAUACUAUACAAUAUUUAAUAUGAAUUUUCUUGAAAUUGGAAAAAUAUAGAUUAUAAUGAUUAAAUUAUAUUUAUAUUUAAUCAUUUUAAUCUACUUUUUUCUAAUCUAAAUCUAAUUUAUAUUAUAUAAAUUAUUAAAUAAUCCAACUAAUUACUGUGUGUUUUCCUUUCAGAAUUAUCGCUCAAUAAAAUCAGUAUAUAAAGGAAUACAAAGUUAUUAGUAAUAACUUUGUCAGAUUUGAUUUUUUUUUUAUCAACUAAUAAAACCAUAUUUGUCCCUUAUUAAAUUUUGAUAAUUUAGUCUAAUGUUAUAUUUUAGUUAGCUAUAAUUUAAAGUGUUAACAAAAAUAAAAUACACACAAAUUGCAUUAUUUAUCUAAAAUGGCUGCUCACAAACUAGACAAUUUUUUUUCACGAAAAAUUGAAUUUGAUAGUAUCCUCAUACUUGUACAAAUUAAAUAAAUAUAAACAUUCCCUUACCUAAAACAAAAAAUAUAAUUUUUUUAGUUUACCUUAAUACGAAUAGUAAAACCAAUAGAUUUCUUGUUACACUUAGAAUAAAAAAAAAUAGGACAAAUUUCAUUUGGAGUAUUGGUGAAAAACUCUAAAAACUUUGAUUUUUGACACACCUACUUGAGUGAUUUUGUACCAAAAAUCUAAGUGUUUAUUUAUUUUAUAUAAAAAAAAAAAUGUAAUUUGAAUGUAAAUGUUUUGUUAAUUUUUGAUUAAUCUCAAAAAUGCUAUAUUUUAAGGUUCAUGUGCUAUAACUUUAAAAGACUUAUGUAUCGUAUGUAAAUUUUGAUUUUGCCAAUCGAUUAAUGAUUAUAAAUCCUACAUAUUUUGAAAAUAUUUAUUUCGAAGUAUUUUUUUUUAAAAAGUUCAUGUUAUGGAAAAACCGAAUUUUUUGAAGACUUUUUUACAUUUUUAUUGUACAGGCAAUACACAUUUUGAAAAAAAAAAUCAUAACAAUACUAAAUUAAUCAAAUAAAAUCCUUUCAAAAAAAAAAAUAAUUAAUACAUUAUACAUUUUUGUUUAGUAAGUUUUACUGUAGAUAUUGUAGGUUAUGUAUUUUAAAUAGAAACACUUUUUCAAGUGCAUACUAAAUAUUAAAUUAAUUACAAUUUGUUUUAUCAAUUAUAUAGUUUAUUACUAAGGCCUGAAUUUUUGUGUACUGAAAAAGCACCUAAAUGUAGGUUUUCAAAUAUCAUUUAGAUAUAGUUUGGCCCUAAAAGUUUAAGCAGAGUAAAAAUUAACAAUUUUAAAUAUUUAUUAUUCAACAUUUGUAAAAUUUAAUAUUUGAUGCUAAGAGGAUGUUACAUCUGCAUUUUUAUAUGAUGAAAAACUAAAAUAAAAUCAAUAUUUUCUAAAAAUAAGAUAGAUAUUUCAACUAUUUUUGCCUAUUUUUUUUCAAGUUCCAUUGACAGUUAUAAAUGGACACACCCAGACAUUCUAUAAAAUAUAUCUAUAAUUCUAAUAUUUUAAAACACACCUAAUAAAUUAUAUCGCAAUUUAAGAUUUUAGGGAUAAUUAUUUGAAAAAAAAAAUCUGUCGUAGGAUAACAGGGACAGGUGUAGGCUCUGGUAUAGGUAAUUUUAUGUAUACCUGUAAGCAAACAUAAAUCAUUUCUAACAAAAAAGGAUUGAUUCUAAGUGGAGUUCAGUUGAUAAUGAUGCUUUGUCAACAAUAUAUGUGCCACAUUAUGGUAAAAUAAUUAAGUAGGCAUUAUAUAUUUUUUUUAAUAAUUUUUGUAUAAUAUUAUAUCGAUUUUCUUACAAUUGUCCGGGUUUUUCCAUAUUUUUCCUGGUUUUUCACAUUUGUUGAGAAAAUUCUUGAGAAAAUCAAAAAAUGACCUCCCUAAAAUACCUAUCCACACCGAUUUACUUUUAUAAAAGGUGCUGCAAUUAAAAAUUGGAUCAAGAUCUCUGGUAGAAAAGUUGUCUAUAGAAAAAAAAAAAAUAUACACCUUUGUAAAACUACAUGCUUCUUUGCUCCACUCAGAAACUAAAAUAAAAUAAAAUAACUCUAAUAUUUCAGAAUAUAAGGCCCCAGAAAAUCUUGAAUUAAAAAACUGGGAAAUAAAAUAUAAUGAAAGAUAAAAUUUGGUCUGUUUUUGGAAAUCAAACUUAGUCUUUCUAAUUAUAGUCACCAACCAUCUUUCUGAAAAUUCCCAAUUAUGUUUUGCUAUAAUUAUUCCCUUUCCUAUAUUGUACCAAAAAUGGCACAAAUUCAUUUUUAUCAAUUAUUUCACUGACAAAUUAUUCAAUUCCAAUACUUCCUACGUGCCAAAUUUGGCAAAAAAAACUUAACAAUUUUAAUACAAGGUACUUUUAUCUAAAAGUAAAAUUGUUUACUAUAAUUUAUAAAAUAGAUAUAAACAGAUAAAUGUGAUACACAAAUUUAUAAAUAAUUAAAUAAAUAUAAUAUGGUCUAAUUAUUAGUUUUGAUUUAUAACUGCAUAUAUCCAACAUAAUAUGGCACAUAAAUACCAUUGAGUAAUUUAAUGCAUUCAAGUCUGCACAGAUAUAUAGUUUUGGUGGUGGUGCACCAUUUAUGGUAUAUAUUAAACUUUGAGCGUUUUUAAAGUCAAAAGAGGUUAAACAUUUUUUUAAGUAUUUUUCCAUGUCAUCUUGACUACAAAUGUAUACACAUUGAAUGCAAUUCAUGCGUUAUUAUGAUUCUAUAGUAAUUUUUCCAAUAUUAUGACAUGAUUAUUACAUUUUGAACAAAUUUUGUGUUUUGACAUUUUUCAGUCAAAUUAUUUUUCUUAUAAAUUAUUGUGAGUUGUUUUUAUAUUCCAUUUCCAUCAGAUUAGAUUUCGUUAAAUUUCUUUUCAGUGUCAAUGCAGUUAUGUUCAGUAUAUUUAUUUUCUCUGAAAUUAUUUUCUAAUUGAUUAUUACCUUCCAGAUGUUAUCAUUAUUAAUAUACAUAUAUUUUUUUUUUUAGAACAUAUUAGAAAAUAUUAAAAAUGAAUCUGUGAAAAAAGAUUUAUUAAAUGGUCAUAAUGGAGCUGUACAAUUAACAAGUGAUGAAUUAUCAAAGUUGUCUCAUUUUUCUAAAAUGGUUUCGGCAAAACGUAUUGUGGAGGAAGGAAAACCUCCUUUUGAGGUAAUUUUAUUAAUUAAUUUUUGAGGAACAUUAUAAUUUGUUUAUUAAAAUUAUUUUUUUAGUCAAGUUAAUAUUUUUAAGGUUUAUUAACAUACCAAAAUAGGUAAUUUUUUGAAAAUUAUUUUAGUAGGUAGUGUUUUUAAAUUUUCAUGUUUAUUUUAUUAGAAAAUAUUUUACAAAAAAGCUAUGUUAUUGUUUAAUAUUUUCACCUUCAAAUUGUAUAGUUAGUUAAUAAAUUAUACUGCAUUAUAUAAUUUACAUUUGAUAUUAUAUUAAAUUGUACUUCUUAUUAUGAGAAAUAUUAUUCUAUUUUAUUUAAAAAUACAGGAUCAAUUGAAAGCCGUAUCUAAGCAUUAUAUGAAACUUGUAGAAAAUAGGCCUAAUAUUGUAAUUGGUACAAGUUAUGCACAUUUAAAAGAAUGCUUGUUAAAAAUAGAAAAAAGUGGUUAUCUAAACUCUAUCAUAAAACCUAGUCACAAAGAAGUUAGUAAAAUUUAUAUUAUUAAAGUGUGUAAUUAAUUUUUUUCUAUUAAUAAGUAAAUAAAAAUGAAUUUUAUUUUUAGGUAAAUACUAGUGAAGAAAUAAAUACUUCAGAUGAAAUACCACAAAAUAUAAAACAGAUUGAUAGUCUAAUAGAGCCAAUAAGAGAUCUUGAUAAUAUAUCAAGUAAGUUAAUAUUUAGUUAUUAAUAAUUUUAAUUUAGUAAUAAUGAAUUUCAAUUAGUUUCUAGUGUUAAUAAUGUUGAGUACAAUUCAAAAAAAAUCGAAACAGUUUAUUUUACAAAUAAUAAUGUUAGUGGAAAUACAGUUGAUAAUGAACCAUGUCAAAAUAAGAAUAUCGUAGAUACAGUAUUCAAUUCUUCGUUUGAGUUUUUACAAGUGUGUUCAUAUACUUCUGAAAGUAUUCAGUGUACUUUUUAGAACAUAAAUAUAUAAAUAUAUUAAUUAAUUAAAACAUUUUUUAUAGGAUUCUCAGCUAGAUGAUGAUGUUUACAGUGUUAACCCAAAUUCUAUACCAACACAAACAUUUUCAUCUUCUCAUUAUAAAAGUCAAUCGACAGAUCAAGUAAUUUUAUUAAUACUUAUAACUUUUAACUAACAAUAUAAGAAUUUAAAGUGUGUUGUUUAAGGUUUUUUUUUAAUUUUUAGAUUAUUAACUAGGGAUUUUUAUUUAUAGGAAACAAAACUCAACCACUUGAAAAAUAUAGUGAAUGUUUCUAAGUCCUGGGCAGAGAAAGUUGGUGUGAACUCUCAAAAUAAAACAGAAACUGGUGUUAGUAAUUUACCAAAAGAAAACUGGAGUCAAACAGUAAUUGAUAGCACAAAUAAUGAUUGGCUUGUCAAAAAUAAUUGGGUUCACAUGGUUGAAGCAGAUAAUUCAGAACAGAAAAUCCUUUCAAAUGCUCCUCAUACAAAUUCUUCUAACAGUUUAGUUACUAAUGGUAUAUGUCAUCUUUAAAUCUACUAAAUAAAUGUGUCUGUAUUUAAUAUUUAUAAUUUGUUUGUGUAAAUAUGUUGAGUAAUUAUUUAUUUAUUGUUAUUAAUUUUUAGCAAAAAAUACAUAACUUAUAAUUAUAUUUACUAUAUAGUGAUAUUUUAUAAGAUAAAAAGUGUUUAACUAGUUAUAAUUAUAAAUAUUAAAUAAUAAAAUAAUAAUAAAUAAUAAAUAAUAAAGUAAAACUAAAUUAUUAAAAUGGUUAAUACUCUAAUAAAGUUAAAUAACUAUUAAUUUUAUUAUUUAGGAUAUUCAGAGAAUCUCAAGGGGUUAUUGAAAAAAUCUGUGGUUUUUAAUAAGCAGGACCCAUAUCCUAUGGCUACUUCUAAUAACCCAACAUUUUAUCAAAGUAACUACAGACAACCCACACAACAAAAUAAUAUUGGUAAUUACACAAACUCAAAUUCUACAUAUUAUGACAAAAACCAAUCUACUGAUUUAAAUAAAAGAUCUGCUACUGCAAAAUCAAAGACUACAUAUGCAAGCGAAUAUUGGUUAGUAUUUUGUGAUAGUAUACAAUAUCAAAAUUGAUAACUAAUGCAAUUGAACAAUAUCUUUGAUUUCAGGAGAAACUAGAGAUCAUCAACAAUCAUAUGUUAACAAAUCAUAGUCAUUCAAAGAAAAAUAAAAAUUCUAUAGUAACUCUAAUAAUAGUCAUUCUGGAAUCUCACCACCAACAUAAAAAAUUAAUUAAUUUAAAUUUAUACUAUUUAUUAUCUUACUAAAUAGUUUUUUGUUUAAUUUAAAAUUCCCCCCCCCCUUCUCCUGUCAUAAAACAUUGGACUGAACCCUUAAAUUUGCAUGAAAUAGUAAUUUGUUCUUAAUUUUAUAUUUAAAACAUUGUAGAUUUAACAGUUUAUUUUUAUUGUAAAACAAAAUAAUUUUCUUGUGUCAUUUUUCAAUACUUGGUAAUAAUAAUAAUAGUUGAACUAUAAUUUUUUUUUUUUUUUGGUGAUGGUU